GGCGAAUGGCGGCGGCUCCGACGCGGAAGGAGCCGGGAGCGGCUGCCGCUCCUUGCGCCACGCUCUGAGCCCGGUGCCAGCCGGGAUGGCGGGCGGCGGAGCCCCGCGGGGGACGCGACGCUGAGCGGCGGCUCGGCCGUGUAGUCCUGACUGUAACGGAGUAAUUAAACACAGAAGGACAAGCAAAGGAAAGAUACAUCAUGGCAAACUAUACCAAAUGAAUUGAGACCCUUGUUUCUCUGAAUGGCACCAGAGGAGUAGGAAGUUUUGAUCUGCUUUCCCAAGUGCUUGUGGUGUGGCUGGGGCCAACAUUUAACAAUGAGUGGUGCAGCAUUGGGCCUCGAGAUAGUGUUUGUCUUUUUCCUGGCCUUAUUCCUACUUCACCGGUAUGGAGACUUCAAGAAACAGCACAGGCUGGUGAUCAUAGCAACAUUAUUGGCUUGGUAUCUCUGCUUCCUGAUUGUAUUCAUACUGCCUCUGGAUGUCAGUACGACUAUCUAUAAUCGAUGCAAGCUUGCGGUUAACUCCAGUCCUGCAGAAAGUAAUGGCUCUUACGUUACUCUUGCUCCAAGCAAGCAAAAAUGUUUCAAACCCUGGAGUUAUAUUCCUGAUGGAAUUAUGCCAAUUUUCUGGCGUGUUGUGUAUUGGACAUCUCAGUUUUUAACAUGGAUUCUGCUCCCUUUUAUGCAGUCAUAUGCUAGAUCAGGAGGGUUCUCCAUCACUGGAAAGAUUAAAACUGCUCUGAUUGAGAAUGCUAUCUAUUAUGGCACUUACUUGCUGAUUUUUGGAGCGUUUCUAAUAUAUGUGGCUGUAAACCCAAACUUCAAUUUACAAUGGAACCAGCUUCAGACUAUUGGAAUAGCUGCUGCAAACACAUGGGGUCUGUUCCUUCUUGUGUUGCUUUUGGGUUAUGGUUUGGUGGAAAUCCCUCGUUCUCACUGGAAUGGGGCCAAGAGGGGUUAUCUACUCAUGAAGACUUAUUUCAAAGCUGCCAAACUGAUGACUGAAAAAGCAGAUGCAGAGGAGAAUUUAGAGGAUAUUAUGGAGGAAGUCCGUAAAGUAAGUGAGAGUAUCAAAUAUAACCACCCCUUGAGGAAAUGUGUUGAUACUAUACUGAAAAAGUGCCCUACUGAGUACCAGGAAAGAAUGGGUAGAAACAUGGAUGAUUAUGAAGAUUUUGAUGAAAGACAGAACAGUUAUCCCAGUGAAAAAAGUUUGGCCAAACUUCACAAGCAGGUAAUCUAUUCAGUGCAGAGACAUCGUCGUACACAGGUCCAGUGGCAAAUUCUUUUAGAGCAAGCAUUUUACCUGGAAGAUGUGGCAAAAAAUGAAAGCAGUGCAACUCGACAGUUUGUUCAUACCUUUCAUUCCCAGGAACCAGAAAAUAAAAUUAUUCAGUACUUCUAUACACCAACGGUUGAGUGGUACUGGGAGUGCCUUCUCCGACCAUGGUUUUACAGAGUGCUUGCAGUUGUGCUGGCCACAUUCUCUGUAAUUGUUGUGUGGUCAGAGUGCACAUUCUUCAGCACAAAACCAGUUCUGUCACUAUUUGCGGUUUUCAUACAGCUGGCAGAAAAGACAUACAAUUAUAUAUACAUAGAGAUGGCCUGUUUUCUUACCAUAUUUUUCUUAAGUAUCUGUGUUUACUCUACUGUCUUCAGGAUCCGUGUAUUUAACUAUUAUUACUUAGCUUCACAUCAUCAGACAGAUGCAUACAGUCUCCUUUUCAGUGGCAUGUUAUUUUGCCGUCUUACUCCACCAUUGUGCUUGAACUUUCUGGGCUUGACCCAUAUGGAUGCAACAAUCUCUCACAAAAACACUCAGCCAACUGCUUAUACAUCUAUAAUGGGAUCCAUGAGAGUGCUGUCCUUCAUUGCAGAUGGAUUCUAUAUCUACUACCCAAUGCUUGUUGUCAUUCUCUGUAUUGCUACGUACUUCAGUUUAGGAACUCGUUGUUUGAAUCUUUUGGGGUUCCAGCAGUUCAUGGGUGAUAGCGAAAUGACCUCUGAUUUGAUUGAUGAAGGAAAAGAGCUAAUCAGAAGAGAGAAAAGAAAACGACAGAGACAGGAAGAAGGUGAAAACAGAAGAAGGGAAUGGAAGGAGCGGUAUGGAAAUAGAGAGGAUUCUACCAGAAGCAGAGCUGUCCACACAGACCAGAAAGAAUCCAGCUUCUCAGAGACCAAUGCCAAUAGACCACUAUCAAAGUAUACCCGUUCAAAUGGUAGGACUGAAAGAGAUAGAAUAGAACUCCUCCAGGAUGCAGAACCUUUGGAUUUUAAUGCAGACUCUGUUAAUGAUGACCCGCUUGAACUGGACUCAGGAAGGUACCAGCCUGGUGGAAGAUACCUGUCAAUGUCUCGAAGCAAAAUAUUUGAUGAUGUCUAAGAUCAUCAAAGCUAAAGAAAAUUCAGUGGAAAUCUAGCUCCUACUCAUUGCUUGGAAAAUACUGUAUUUGCAAUAUGUCACUGAACCAUCAAAGACACUUUAAAAAAAAACAUGAAGGAACAACUCUUUUGGGAAUGCACGUGUAUGAUAACUUCACCACUAGUGAUAGGAAUAUGCUUCUGCUGUUGUAGAUACUGUUGUGCAUCAGUGUGGGCUUUUGUGUCAUGACCAAAAGGAGAAAACUAUUUAAAGUUAAUAGAUUAUAAACUCACGAAUAUACCUAGGGCUCAACUUGAACUGUAACAGUCUAAGUUUGGGGAAGAGAUUUUCUGGAAUUUUUUAUUUUGUAUUUUAACAAUGCUGUGAGAGCAUAUUGAUGUAUCCAAAGUGCAGUUAUAUCAACUAUGCUUUUGCUGAGAAAGGUUGGACUGUAAAAUCAGAGUCACAGAAUGGUUUGGGUUGGAAGGAACCUUAAAGAUUGUCUAAUUUCAAGCCCCUCUGCCAUGGGCAGGGACACCUUCUAGUGUUGCUCAGCCCUCCAUCCAGCCUGGCCUUGAACACACCCAGGGAUGGGACAUCCACAAGUUCUGUGUGGCAGCCUGUGCCAGUGCCUCACCACCCAUACAGUAAAGAAUUUCUUUUCAUAUCUAAUCUAAAUCUGUCUUCUUCAAAUUUUCAGCCAUUUCCCCUUGUUCUUUCACUACACUUCCUGAUAUAGAGUCCCUCUCCACUGCUUCCACUUUAGGCACCUUCAGACACUGGGGGGUUUUUCCUGUGAGGUCUCCACACAACCUUCUCUUCACCAGGCCAAAAAGCCCCAACUUUUUCAGCUGAUCUUCACUGAAGGAGGUGCUCCAGUCCUCUCACCAACCUGGUGGCCCCCUCUGGGCUCACCCCAGUAGGUCCCUGCCCCACCUGUAAGCUGUGCCUGGGAUUGCAAUGACCCAGGUGUAGGACCUUGCUCUUGCUUUGCACAGACGCAUCUCUCAAGCCUGUCCAGGUCCUUCUGGAUGGCUUCCCUUCCCUCCACUAUCAACUGCACCGCACAGCUUGGUGUCCACAGAUAGCUCUUGAGGUUCCUUCCAUCCUGGUACUCUGUGAUUCCAUGAAUUUUUUUGGUAUAAAUUUUGGAGUGAUGUGUGUUGGUCAAAAAAGGCUAUAUUUUUUCUUUUCCAACAUUAUAAGCAGAUACAUGAUUUUAGCAUGUGUAAAUAGUUGAAAUUGAAUAUGGACCUGAGUGUCACUGUCAUAUGAGCAUAUGUGCAAUAGCAAGAAUACAUUAUUGAAGAUAAAAUGUCUGCUUAAGAUCUUUACAGAUGUAAUGAUUCAAAAUCAUGGCACUAGUGUUUUUGUAACUGUAAAAGAAACAUACUAUGAAGAUGGAGUUAAAUACUGAAGUAUGAUAAUUUGCACGCACCUCAGGCACGGCUUCAAACCCUAGACUAUUUCUUUAAAAGAAGGGAAAUACAUAGCAUGACUAGGUAAUGGUAAACACUUUUUAUAUCCUAACUUCCCUGGUUGCAUUAUAUAUCAGUUUUUAAGGUGCCUGUAUUUUGCAGUAGGUUGUUGCAAAAAGAAUAAUACUUUGCCAUUCAAAAAUGCCAAUUAUUAACACUGUAAAAAAGCUUCACAUUAAUUUCAUUAGUAUAGGCAUAUUUUUAAACCAUAGUUAGUUGUAUGAAUUUUCAAAUAUAAUCAUAAGGUAAAAGGUGUGGUCAAAUUUGUGAUAACUUCGAUAAUUUGAAUAAUUUAAACCAUUUUGGUUUUUGUCUGAAAUCUUUACCACUUGGGAGCUUUCUUAUGUGCUUUUUGCAAAAUUAUGUUGAAAACUAAAAGAGAACAUGUUUUUAUCAUACGUUCUUUAUCAUGCUUAAAAAACACAUCCCUUAAAGCAGCUAGGAAUGAAUUAUUCUGAAAAGUAAGUUUUCAUGAAUGACAUAUUCUAGUAAUUUUUAACAAUAGUCUGUGUUUUCUCAAGUAAUUGUUAAUGGGGAUCUAACUCUACCUCCUGUGAUUUUAGUACAUGUGUUGUAACAGUAGUGGUAUUUGUAAUACAUUGAUCUGCCUGUUUUGAAACACUGAAUUGUUACUAUGAAGGAGAAAAAAAAUCUUUAUUUGUAUAGAAAUAAUUAUAUUAAUAAAUUAGCAGACAUAAAAUAAUUGUCAUUCUUGUUCUUAGGUGAAUACAGUGAAUGUCAGCCAUGCCCACAGGCAUUCAAGCUCAUGCAAUUUCCAGACUACUCAUAUGAGGUCACUUUUUAGUUUGAGUACUUUGUGUUUGUAAAAGCUUGAAUCUUAUCAGGGACUGGAAGUUGAGAAGAUGAGUCUCUAUUCAGAUAUUUCUUUAGGAAUUCUAUGGUAGCACCUAUUUAAUUUAUUUUUGAACUACUUAGUAGUACUAUCUUGAAUUCAUCCUUAUAUGAAAGGCGUUGUAUAUGUUCUUGGGCACCCAUCCAUAUGUCUGUUCUUAGACUCUAUAUUUCUGUUUUAAAAAUUUGUAUCAGCAGUUUAUUUAGAAAAACCUUUGGCAGAAAUAAAAUUCAAACUCUUUAUAUAACUCUUGAGAUGUCACUUCAAAGGGAUCUAAUUCAGAGCCAGUAGAAAAGCUAUUAGAAGGAGCUUCUGUUUUCUGAAAAUCUGUGAAAUAAGUUUACCUACUCCCUGGUGACCAGACAAUGGGAUUGAGCCUUCUUGAGGCCUGUUUUUUCCCCUCCCAGUGAAAUGGCUGCAAACAGAAUUUUCAGAGGAAACGUGGUCAGGGUUUUAUAUAAAACAGGUAACUAGUCCCUAGUGCAGAUUUCAUUGGAAUACAGUAAUUUGAAGAGUUGACUGGAUAAAUUAAUGGCGUGGGAUUUCAGAUUCUAACAUAGACAUUCUGAGCUGAACAUUAUUGAUGUUGCAGUGCAGUAAGGGAGAACCAGUGGCUGCUUUUUGAGCUCUGAAAAGCUCUAAAGAAUUCUCUGUAUCAUGCUUGGCAAUGCCUGGUGUCACAUCCUCCCUGGAUGCUGUUUGGUUAAACAGGGAGUUGAUAAGUGAAGUCAGGUUUCCUCCAUAGUGUGUAUUGCUGACCAGGAGUUAUCCAGGCUCUAAUUACAUGCAAUUUAUUGACUAAUUAAAGUAUGUUUUGAAAACUCACUAUGGGUUCAUACGACUGAAUCUGGAAUACUUUCAAUAAAGAAAUAUGGUGUACAACUAUAGAAGAAUGAUAUUUGCUGUUCAGUUGAGCUAGUUUCAAGCAAGUUUGUUUACUGCUAGUACAAAUAGUGCAGAACUUGGCUGGGGGCUGUGUCCCUAAGGAUUUACCCCACUCCAGAGAGCUGUGGAUGCCCUGUCCCUGGGAACGUUCAAGCCCAGGCUGGACAUGGCUCUGAGCACCCAGUUCUAGUUGAAGAUGUGCUGGCUAACCAGGGGGGCUGGACUAGGUGGCCUUUACAGAUCCCUUCCAACCCAAACUGUUCUGGGAUUCCGUGGUGCUUCUCAGAUAGAUUGUGGCAACUCUUGAUGGGUUCUUUCCUGCUUCUUUCAGCUCCAGUCCUAGUAGCCCUACAGCUAAAUGAAGUUAAAACUAGCUUUGAUGUGUUUAAGCAGUGACUGGAUUCUAGACUAACAGUGUUCUUGCAUCACUUCUGAUGCUCCAGAUUAGGUGAUUUUAAAUACAAUUCCCUUGCAAACUGUGCUGUUGGAAACUGAGUGUUAAAGUAUUUUUCUGUCAGUGUAUUUAUAGAGUCAUAUUUAUUUGCUGCUAAAGAAUGUAAAUUAUAUAUAUCUUUAUUGUUUCACUUCCUGAAUUACUGAGCAGUUAGUGUAUAUUUCUUGCCAUCAUUUCUGCAGUUUUCUCCCUAUCAGUGAACACCAAAAAAAAGCCCCAAAACACCAAAAAUCCCACCCAAAUUAAGUACAAAUGUUUGAAUGUCUUCCUGUCAAAGAUUUAAAUGAGUGAAAAUAAUGUGUGCAAGUCACAAUGAGCUUCAAAAAGCAGUGUGAAAACAGUACCUAAUCAGUGUUGGAGUUCUUAAAAUGUAUGGAUAGGCAAAAAGCUGUAGUCAAACUUAUUACUCCUACUAGAUUUGUAGUUCUCUUUUUCUUAAUACAUAUUUUGAUAUGUAUAUUGGGAAGUAUGUGCCCUACUGAGCUAAGGAGGGGUGCAUCUCUCAGUUGUGAAGUGAGGCAGUGUUUUUAUGAGGGAAGGUAAAAGAUAAUGUAACUUCUAAUCUGUGCUCAUAGUGAUAGUUUCCUUUGGGCAAAGGACGACAUAGCUUCUUAUUUAACUACAGUAAAGUGUUAAGAAAAAAAGAAACUUUAUGCUUCUAUAAAUUACACUACUGGAAAACUCAUGGUAUGUAAUCUGACUGUAUUUUGCAAUCAAGCACUUGUAGUCAUUAACAGUGUUAACAGGAAUGGUAGAAAGCUGCUGUCUUUUCAAUAUUUUUUUGUGCUAUUGUAAAAUAUAACAUGAACAAUGAUUUUUACAUAGGAAGUAUUAAAAAUUAUUACUAUGAUUUUCUAUAAUUAUGGUAAUUUAUAUUUUAUUAAAUUUGUCUUGGAAUACUGUAAAUAUUAUGUGAAAAAUACUACAUUUAGUUUCAGUUUUCAUUAUUGCUUUAAUUACUUGAAAUCUGAGGGGCAUUCAUAAUACCAAAUAGAGAACACUUUAUGAAGGAAAACUUUUUAUGAAGCUUGUUAAAAAAGUCUGACUGGUUCAUUGCAGACAUAUAGGUGCAUCUUAAUUAUUAACAAUAACACUACUAAGGGGAUAUAUCGUGUCCUAGCUUUUUAAUUUUUCUUUGAAAUUCAAAAAAUUGUUACUUUUUUCAGAGCAGCUUAGUUGUGAAUCUUGUAAACUUUCUGAAACUUUUACAUUCCUUUUCCCUAAUGGGCUCUGCAGGAAUAUGUACUGCUUCAUGGCAGUCACCUAAUACUAGCUGUGCCUCUAAUUAAAUAGUCUAAUCUGAAGCUGAGACACUCCUACACCAUUUGAUUAUGUUAACAGAAAUUCAGCAUUCCUAGCCAAAAUCAAAAAGGCACGUUGAACUAGAUCCCUAUUAAAUACAUUAAUUGCUGUUGUUCAUUUUAUUGCAUUAUAUUUGAUACCCUCUGUUUGGGUCAUAUCAUAAGUCCAAUCAGGUUUAUUCUUUGUUUCUCUUAGAAUGCAUUGGAAUGAAGUCCUCAGCAUGCUUUUGUGUGCAUGUGUGUGUUUUAGUAUGCAGCUUCAGUUAUUUCCUCAGGAUAAUGUUGUUAUAUUUGACAUAUUCCUGUGAACUAGUAGUUUCAGAGUGAUACUUUAGCUGUCACUGUAGAAAUUAAUUCUUUUCAAUAGAAAUGCAUUGUGUUUCUGUAGAGGCAUCUGGUGGAUAAGGGAAUUCAUUUGUAAGUAUAGGUUUCAUUUGUAAGUAUAGGUUUAGUAACAGACCUCCAUUCUCCAGUGUAUAUCAAGACAGGCUGUAGGAGUGCUGCUUAUGGAUAGACUAUCUUCUUUUGCCUUAUAUGUAUGCAUAAAUACCUUGUUUUGAAAUUCACAGAGUUAAACAUUUUUCUCUGUAGUGUUCUGAAUUACUGUUGUUACUGGAUUAUAUUUUUGAAAUGUGUGUUACAAUAUAUCUAAUCAAAUACUUAAAUUGGCAUGAAAUAAAUAAUUUCUGCAAUACA